AUGGGUAUUUUAGUAACGUUUAAACAAGUUAUCGGAAUGUGCAAAACUGUACUAGAAUCGGGGAGUGUGGGGAACGCGUCGUCGUCUGAUGAAGAGUUGGAGCAGUGGGAACAAAUAUUCAUGAUGAGAGAUGAAAACGGAAAUAGUUAUAAUGAUAAACGGAAGAAGCGUAGCAUAUGGUGCAGGCCAUCAUGCAUUCCAGUAUCAUUAGUGAUAGUACUAAUAGUACUUGUUGUUUUGGUGCCAUUGUUGGAUCAACCUAACAUUGCACAGGUGCUGCCGACAAUUGCUCAUGUUGAUAUGCAUUGCUCAGAUGAAUGUAGGUUAUCUCUAGUAGAAAGUAUACCCGAAGGACACAUGUAUCCCCCGAACGUAACGCAUAUGCCAACUAAAAACGCUUGGUUAGAUUUGAUAGAUGAAGCUCAAACGUCGAUAGAAAUCGCCUCUUUCUAUUGGUCGCUUAGAUAUAAUGAACUUUAUCCUUAUAAUUCUUCCAUAGAGGGAGAACAAGUAUUCCAAGCGCUACUUGCGGCUGGAACUAGAAGGAAAAUAGAUUUAAAAAUUGCUCAAAACUGGCCUACCAAGUCGAAUCCCAACAUUGACACAGAAUAUUUAGUUAAGAAAAAAGCUGCACAGGUGAGAAGUUUAAACUUCUCAAAGUUAUUAGGUAAUGGAGUGUUACAUACGAAGUUUUGGAUCGUUGAUCGCACGCAUUUCUAUAUAGGAAGUGCUAAUAUGGACUGGAGGUCACUUACUCAGGUAAAGGAGUUGGGAAUAGUCGCAUACAACUGUUCCUGCUUGGCCACUGAUUUAGCAAAAAUCUUCGAUGUAAGUCAUGUU